AUAGGAUCAGCAACUUGUUCUAGGUAAAUAUUAUUAGAUAAUAUUUUUUCUAAAUCGGAUUAAUUUUAUUGAUUUGAUAAAUCGUUAAUCUCUCGUUUAUUACAUUUCGAAUUCAUUUUUAUUGAUUUAUUUGAGAACAAUAGUAAAAUACAAAUACCCGAAAAACUCGUAUUCAAUUCAUUCGGUUUGUAUUCCUGCUAUCUAAUCAUGGCUUUCCAGAUAAGUAACAGAAAAUACUACGUUUUAACAGGAAUUGUGAUUUUAACAUGCCUUAUAACACUAACUUUAACAGUAUCUUUCAUAGUUUCGAAAACCAAAGAUAUUUCAAUAGAAAAUCCAAAUCAUUCGAUUUCCAGCCCCGCCAAACCGGUGUGGAAAUGGCAAUGCGAGAAGAACUCCUGCCAGAAACGGAGAAUCACCGACCAAGACAAUGAUCUCGCCAUUCUCAGCCUACCUGCCUGCAGGUAUUUCUGCUCCACCUCAGCAGGAAUCUGGCCGAUACCCACCGGAGAAGUCUCAGUGGGCGAUCGAUUGAUUAAAGUCAAUUACUACAGCAUAGACGUCGUUAGUAAUACAUCGGAUACACCGAUCAACGCGCUCGUUCAAGAAGCCAUCAAGGAAUUCAAGAAUGAUAUUAAAAGCUCCAUAACGUCUGGUAUCAAUCCAGGUGGACUUUCCGUUGUUGUUUCGCUCGGUAUAUCCGAUACAACAACCAAUAGACUUACCCUGGAUACUCCAGAGGGAUAUUCCUUGAAGAUAUCCGAUCCAGGAUCAAGCAGCAUCAAAGUUGAUAUACAAGCAGGAACUUUCUUCGGAGCUAGAAACGGUUUACAAACGCUCACGCAACUCAUCAUCUACGAUAACAUCAGAAACGAAGUGCAAAUGCCCAACUCCGCCUCGAUCACCGACAAACCGGCGUUCGCGCACCGAGGCAUCGUCCUGGACACCUCCAGGAACUUCAUCACCACGUCGGCGCUGAAGCGCACCAUCAAAGCCAUGGGCGCCUCCAAGCUGAACACCUUCCACUGGCACCUCACCGACACCCACAGCUUCCCCUACGAGUCGGCGUCGCUGCCCGAGCUCCACCGCAUCGGCGCCUACGACCCCAGCAAAGUCUACACCAGGCAAGAUGUGAAGGACCUGGUGGAGUACGCCCGAGUUAGAGGCGUUAAGGUGGUACCGGAGUUCGACGCGCCCGCGCACGUGGGCGAAGGUUGGCAGGACACCGGGUACUUGGUGUGCUUGAACGCCCAACCUUGGCAGAUUUACUGCGUGGAGCCGCCCUGCGGCCAAUUCGAUCCCACCAAAGAAGGCCUCUACGACGCCAUAGAAGAUUUAUACGGGGAUAUGUUGGAGCAAUUCGAGCCGGACGUCUUCCACAUGGGCGGCGAUGAAGUCACCUUCAAGUGCUGGGAGAAUACAACCAGCAUCGUCGAGUGGAUGAGGGCGAAAGGUUGGGGUACUACCGACCGGGAUUUCGUGAAAUUGUGGAACCACUUCCAAAGCAACGCGCUGGAGAGGUUGUACAAGAAAGCCGGCAGGGAAAUUCCCGCCAUAAUGUGGACCAGCCACCUCACCACGCCCGAGUACUUGGUCGAAUCGUUGCCCAAAGAUAAGUACUACAUACAAGUUUGGUCGGAGAGCGACGACGAUCAAAUCAAGCAGUUGCUGGAUAACGGCUACAAGAUCAUACUGAGCAAUUCGGACGCCCUGUAUAUGGACUGCGGUUUCGGAUCGUGGGUAGCGACCGGUAACAACUGGUGCUCGCCUUACAUCGGUUGGCAAAAAGUCUACGAAAACAACCCCUCGAAAAUCGCAGGCGACAAAGUGCACCAAGUACUAGGAGCUGAAGCAGCUCUGUGGACGGAACAAGCGGAUUCAUCGUCGGUGGAUGGAAGAUUGUGGCCCAGAGCUGCGGCUAUGGCGGAAGUACUGUGGUCUAACGCCAGUACCGGCUGGGAGGCGGCCGAGCACAGGUUCCUCGCCCACCGGGAACGAUUGGUACUUAUGGGCAUCGACGCCGACGCCAUCGAACCCGAAUGGUGCAGACAGAACGAGGAGAAUUGUCGUACCGGAUCUCGUUUCAAUGUUUAAAAUGUUUAAUGUCGAUUUUUUUGUGAAUAAAAUACAUGUUUUGGUACUCA